UUCUCUUCCAAAAAAGUUCUCUGCACAGAGAAGUAUUUGAAAGAUGAAUGCAGGGAGUGCGGAUGGAGGCUCAGAAAUAUCUCAAGUCACUUCUAAGAAGCAUUCCAGGAAACCAAAAUAUUCCAGGUUUACACAACAAGAACUUCCAGCUUGUAAACCAAUUUUGACUCCUGGAUGGGUAAUUACAGCAUUUGUCUUUGUUGGCAUCAUCUUCAUCCCCAUCGGCCUUGCUUCCUUGUUUGCAUCAGAGAGUGUGGUGGAAAUUGUAGAGCGUUAUGACAAGGAUUGUGUUCCUUCAUCUCACAGCAAUGACGUGCUUGGAUUUAUUCAAAGUUCCCAAACCAACAAGACUUGUAUCAAGACUUUAACUGUUCCAAAGAAAAUGAAACAACCCAUUUAUGUAUACUAUGAGCUAGACAAUUUCUACCAGAACCACCGCAGGUAUGUCAAAAGUAGAAGUGACAAGCAGCUACGCAGUAAGAAACAUGAGGAUGUUACAAAAGAUUGUUCUCCGGAAGCCACCAUAGAUGGCAAGCCGAUCGUUCCUUGUGGCCUCAUUGCUUGGAGUUUGUUCAAUGACACAUAUGGGUUUUCAUUGAGCACUGAGCCACUACAAGUGAAUAAAAAGGAGAUAGCAUGGUCGAGUGAUCGAUCAAGCAAAUUCGGGUCCGAUGUAUACCCUAAAAACUUCCAAAAGGGUUUGAUUGGUGGUGCAAAGCUAAAUGAAAGCCAACCGUUGAAUGAGCAAGAGAACCUUAUUGUUUGGAUGAGGCCGGCAGCAUUGCCGACUUUCCGCAAGCUUUAUGGAAGGAUAGAGGUGGAUCUUGAAGCUAAUGAGAAGAUAGAAGUUGCAAUUGAGAACAACUACAACACAUACAGUUUUGGGGGGAAGAAGAAGCUGGUCCUUUCAACCACAAGUUGGGUUGGUGGAAAAAAUGACUUCCUCGGUGUAGCAUAUCUCACAGUUGGUGGACUUUGCUUAUUCAUGGCAAUAGGCUUCAUUCUCCUAUAUGUUGUCAGGCCAAGGCCACUCGGGGAUCCAUCCUACUUGUCAUGGAACAGAAAUCCCGGUGGGCUCUUGAACUAACAUCACUUCGUGAUACAUCAGCUUCGGCUGCUAUAACUGCUUCAUGUUUGAAGGCUUCCAACAUCAGAGGGUCGAAUUUGGCUGCUGCGGGACAGUUAACUCUUACCUUGAUUUUCUGGAAAAAUAAAAUCAUUGGUAAUUGCUUUAACUGAUUAGAUGUAAAUGGUGCUAUACUGUAUAUCUGUUUCUUUCUAUGUAGCGCUUCUUAU